AUGGUUGACCACAGUAAGACAACCACUCGACAGCAGAAUGAAGCUCACAGAAGACUUCCUGUUCUGUCAUCAUCGUGCAGGAAGAGCUGCUGUUUCGGAAAGAGGAAGGAACCGACACAAACACUCAGGCACUGGAAUCGUUCUUUGGCACAACAGGAGUUAGAUUUGCCUGACUGUAUGAAUGGAAAGAGGAUACCCCUUGAUGGUUCUGUGCUGUCUGUCCAAGAUUCAUGUUUUUUCUAUCCGUCAUGUCAGAAUUGCAUGUCCAGGCUGACGAUAAAUCAUAACAGAUGCACUUGUAUUAAGUGUGGGUACACCUGUGAAGCAGACAACGUUCAUUACAGAUACAGACUGUCCUUGCAAGCUGCACAGAAAAGGGACGUAUUCAGUGUCACUGUUUUUGGUGGCUGUCUGGAUCCUUUGUUUGGUGUAACAGCUGGUUUUCUGCAAAGAUAUACUGAAGAGUUAAAAAAGGAUGGAAGGGGUCCACAGAAUGAUAGAGUUCACAGACUGCUCACCCAGGCAGUGGAAGAUUGCUUCAUUGGAAGAAGCUUUAUAUUUGGUGUAAAGUUUUCCAGAAAGAAAACCAGAAUACACAACUCAUAUACUAAAAGUAUGUUACAGACUUCUCUCAACACGUAUGGAUCCCCUAAGCAGCUUGUUGCCUGUCAGAUCGCUGUGCCAAACAGGGCUGUCCUUGGCUGCACAGUGAUCAGUUACUUUCAGGCGCUCCUGCAGCAAAUUAAUCUUGGGAAUGUUCUCGGUGUUUCACAGCCACUUGGGAGCUCUCCAGCUGCAGUAGAUAUGCAUAGCCCUGAAGUGUGUAGUUGCUUGGAAAGUUUACUGGCAGACAGUGGACAUUCAUUCACAGAGCCAAGUAAAGGAGAUAGUUUCCAAGGGCCUUGGGAGCAGUCACUUGGACUAAUCACCUCAUCAGCUGAAGGAUAUUCAGGGGUAGAACUGAGCAGCAGUACAAAAAAUAUUUCAAAAUGGGACAGCAUAUCUGGGUCUAUAAAAUCCCCCCAAAAUCAUUGCAUCUCAGAAUGUACCCAUAUGCAGUGCCUUACAGGUUCUGGUUAUUCAUUGGUGGGAAUGAGAAAAAAUCUAAAUGACAAAAAAGCUUCUCAUCUAUAUUCAGGCUGUUCUGCCCACUCAGGUGCAAGUAAUGGCAACAGCAGACACACUAGAAAUGAAUUCUCAUAUAGCUCCUCCUCUAUGACAGAUCCACAUCAUCAAGCAUUACCAGAGCAGUAUUAUAAGGAAAGCAGAGAAGGAAUACAAAAUGAACUUCCAGAUGAAAGAGGCAGUGAUAGUGCAGGUCACUGUUUGAAAGAUACCUGGAGUUCUGUGUUUGCUGUAGAGGGUGCUUCUUGGGCCCAAGAUGAGCAGUUUGCUGCUAAAAGGACAAGUGCAGCUUACAAUUCUGUAGAAUGGGAACACCUGCCAUUCUCAGAAAGUUUGGAUGAAUUCAUAAGCAAAGUGGAGAAAAAUGGCCAAAUACGCACUAAUCAGUCAGACUCUUAUUUAAAUGAAGAUAUAAACCAUGAGCUAACUACAGCUACAGACUCCCAACAAGAGAACGUGCACAGAAAAAGUAUGUUAGUUCCAUGUACAACGGAAGCAGGUUUGACAAAUGUUCAUAAGAGUUUUGCCUCAGAUUCCUCCCUAAAUCCCCUUGACAGCCUGCACGGUUGUUUAGUUGCCAAUAUCUAUACAAAAGAUAGGGGCGUGUUAAAAAGUAACUCUUUUGGAAAUGUGGAGUCUUUUCAAUUGAAAGAAGAACCAGCAGGUAAUGUCAAGUUGCAAGUCUCCUCCUCUACUUCAGGAGACAAAGAGAAUCACCCGACUGGUGUUCAGUUUUUCAGAACAGGCGCCAGAAUGUUCAGCUCUUUCCUUGCACAGGAGUUUUCUGCAAAAGAUGCCAAUGCUGGAGGUUGUUUAAACUCUCAUGAUGGAAAAAAACUGUAUUGCAGCAAAGAUGUUAUCACUAAACAUCAGCAUGAUAUAUAUGUCACUGGUGUCUGUAAUCAGGACUUUGUAAAGAAAGAGCAGCCAAUGCAAAACAAUUAUAGAAGCUUUCAAGACACAUACAAUGGUUCUGCUGAUCUGUUUAAUAGCAGCGACAACACAGAAGAACUGGUAAACAAGUCAUCUAUUGUCCUGCCGACACAUUCAUCUCCCUGUGGAGGAGAACCUGUUCAAUCUGUAGAACACAGUACCCAGCAGCAACCUCGUUAUUCUCUUCAAAUUCUGAAUGAAGUCCUUCAAAGUGGAUACUGUGACUCUGAGAAUGACUUUUUAGAUACCUCAAACUUUGUGCCAUGUUCACAGUCAACUCCUGUUUCAAAAUGCCUGGCUACUCUGCAACCCUAUCAAAGUAAAAGAAAAGUGUUCCCAAAGACAAAAGUAUCACUUCAACGUAGUUGUAACAGGCGUACGAGUAAAAGAAACUUCUUCACCCAGCACCUCCUGAAGCAACAGCACAGCCGUCAUCUUCAGAGUUCAUUUAAAACGAAGUGUAAAAGCAGGAAAGACUCCUCUAAUUCUGUUCACUUUACUCUAAGCCCAAGAACUGCUUUAUCUGAAAGUGAUUCUGAAGAGUGCAUUCCCUCAUCCGUUGAAAAAAGUGCACAGUCAUCUGAAGCACAGGGAUGCACGUCGAGUUUUAUCGGUCGUAAAGUUGGGGAAAAGAGUCAUUGCAAAAUAAUUUUACAUGGCUUAGCAAAUGUUGAUGAAAUUACUUUGAAGCCUAAUAAAAAUGUUCAAGGAUCAAAUCACAAAGGAAAAUCUGAAAUGUCAGUAACAGUUAGCAAAUUUAAACAGACAAGUGUUGCAUCAACUCCAAUCAAAAAUAGUGAAAAUGAAGCAUUCGGUGACUCCCAAGUUUUCAAGGAAACUAACAAAAUGACUGGCUACUGGUCUGAUGACCUCUUUGGCCAGAGUAACAGUUCUCUCCCUUGAAUUUUCAGGGAAAGCGUACUAUAUUAAGAAUUGGGUUUACUAUACGUUUGAAGAAGUUUACUGCAAGUGGAAUUGGAUGACGCUAAUGGUGCUUUCACAGUAUUUUUCUUUGAUCGAACUAAUGAAAUCAUGGUCACCUCUGAGAAUUGCAUGUGAAACUAUGCUGAUCUCAAAGUUGCUGUAUCUUGCAAACCGUAAAGGUAUCUAUGUCAUACUUUUGUGUGGUUUAUUUCUGUUUAAUUCAGAAGUCAACGGUAGAUAACAAUUCAGCAGCACUGCAAAAGCAGACUCACAAACGCUGUCCACUGCAACUGUGUCACACGCAAAGAUAAACAGAACCACAAUCCUGGCACAGCCGUGUUGUGUUGCAGUUUGUGAGAUAGGAUCCUGUGUACUUAAGCAGCUUACAACAUGUAUGCCAUACUCCUGUAAUAUGUCACAUAAUCAGUAAUGAAUUACCUCUAGACCUAUGAGAAAAAAAAAAAAAAAAAAAAAAAAAAAAAUGCAGCUCUGUUAAGGGACUGUAAAUAAUCUGUGUUGUUGCUGAAUCUGUUAAAUGUUACUGCAAAAAACAACAUUAUGACGACAACUACAUUAUGUUUAAACUACUGUACUUUAAUAUACUAUAAUAGGGCAGCAGUGGAGAGUAGUGGUUAGGGCUCUGGACCGGCUGUCCUGGGUUCAAUCCCAGGUCGGGGACACUGCUGCUGUACCCUUGAGCAAGGUACUUUACUUAGAUAGCUUCAGUAAAAACCUAGCUGUAUAAAUGGGUAAUUGUGUGUUUAUUUAAAAAUAAAUACGUUUUAAAAAAGUGAUAAUUAUAAUUUAAAAUUAAGUGUAAAAGCAGGAAAGACUCCUCUAAUUCUGUUCACUUUACUCUAAGCCCAAGAACUGCUUUGUAACUAAUUGUAAGUCGCCCUGGAUAUGGGUGUCUGCUAAGAAAAAAAUUAUUAUAUGUACCAAUGAUACAGUUUUUCAUUUUUCAUAAAAUACUGUUGCUAAAAUGUGUUGAUGUAAUAAAAAAAAAUCUACAAUGUGUGAAUUGAGAGGAAUAGUGUUGCCUGUUACUAAUGGGGUAAUGUGUCAUGUAUUCAUUUGAUCCAUUUGUUGAUAUGGUAACCAUUUUAAAUACUUUCACGCAGUGUUGUUUUCUGGCUCUCAUGAAGGAUCAGUUCUUAAUGUAAACCUUUUUCUAAGGCAUGAGGGCUCUUGCACACAGAAUUAUGGACUAAUGAACAAAACCAAAAGAAAAAUUGCAUUUCACUGAAAACACAGCAAACCCCAGUUUAAACCUGUGCUUCUGUUUGUACGGUUAUAUUGUGCAAAAUAAAACUGCAAAACAGAUGCUUUGUAAAAUACAACACAUUCCCCCCCCCCAUUUAAAACAUGAAUUUGAAAUAUUUAAAGUUACAAUGUAAUGUACACAGAGUCAAAGAGUAACUGUCAGUCCAUGAUUAGUUAUCACAUUUAUUCAUACACUAAACAAUUUCCCAUUUAGUAAACUUGUGAGCAAAUACAAAUAAAAUAUGGACAUCAGAAUAUGAAUAUUUUACAAUCAGUCUUUCUAACAAACAAAAUACAUUCUGGUCUCUUUCACUAAUCUACCUUCACUUGCAGACUAGAAAGAAAAAGUGUUGCCCAACAAUAAUGUAAUGAACAUUUAUUAAAAUUAAUACAUUUAGUAUUCACAUUAUUCCAUUUUGGAAAUUCAUCGAUAGUAUAUUGGACACUGUCCUUUCUGUUGAAAGGAAAGCAGUUAGAUAUUCGUUUUAUAAUUAAAUGGCCUUCAGCAAAAAUCAAUGGCGAUUGCACCAUGGCACAUGCAAAACAAAGCUACAGAGCAGCAAUAGAAACCAAUGAGGCAUGCGUUUUUACUUGCUGAAAAAGAAGGAAUGAUCAUUGAGAUCACAUUCAAAUCACGACUUGAAAAUGAAAUGAAUGAGGCACUCAAUGUCUCAAGAGUGCAAGCUAAGCACUGAAGUGAAGCAGCUUACAAAAUGCAUAAUACACACACCUAAAUAAUCUAACACAGUAUGCAUGUGACAGACGUUAGAAUGAUAGGUCUGUAAAUCUGAGAAUUACACCCCCAAAACAACACAGGUCAGCUAUUUACUUGUGAAAUCAGACAUUAAACAACUCAAUUACAAAUGACACAGAAUGCACUGCUUUUGUAAAAUGAAUAGAGAGCCAAGUGGAAUGGUCUAGUUUUAGAACUGGCUUAGUUAGGUGAAGUUUGGAAACCUGGAUUAGUUGGUCAGACACUUGUAAAUAUGCA